CAAGGCUGCACUCUGGAGUACUUGCACAUCUCUCACAACCUCAAGGUCCCAUUUUUUUCACUUACACUCUGUGGGGCUAAAGUUUUAGGACCCUGCGUCAAGGGUAUCCAACCAAACAAAAACGGACUGGGAUUAAAGCCUAUAAAAGAGUUCUGUAAUGAACACAUUAAAAUCUAUGUUUGGAUGGCUCCUUGUUCUCGGAGUUCUGAUGAGCCCAGUCUUGUGUCAGGAUGAGGAGACCAUAAUUACAGUAUGUCAAGAGGAAGAUAAUGACCUCAGAGUGGACUGCCUCCUGGAGCCCAAAGCCAACUACCACACAGACUAUGAGUUUUCCAUGUCCAAAGGCUCAAAGGAGACCAUCAUAAACACCAACAUAUCUGGCAUCAUGCCUGACCCCAAGUUUAGACACAAUACAUUUGUAACAGAACUUGAACCAUACGGAUUCAGGCUGAUCAUGAUGAGCUUCACCAUUACUGAGAAUACAACCUUCAUUUGUAAAGUAACCAAGAUCCAGAAAACACUGUCUGUUGAAUUAGAUACCAUCCAGCCCUGCUCUGCCAUCAGCUUGUUUCUGUUAGGUUAUCAUUGGCUCAGUCUUUUGGUUCCUUUGUGCAUCGUACAGCUAUGGGAAGGCUUCUAAGAAACAUUCAGUGACAGGGUGUACAAAAUUUUAAUUUCGAUAAAUAAAGCAAAAUGUAUUUCUGAUAUUUUCUUGAAUAUAUUGGCGCUAGCUUUACUGCAAAGUAAGUAUUGCUUGCUGCAUCUAUGAAGUUAUUGUUUACUUUGUCUUUUUACAUGUCAAGUCAAAGUACAACUCACCACAUGUUGUGUGUGUGCUGUAAUAAGUUAAAGGAUUUGUAAUGUACUUGACUGCUUUUAAGGAGUGUCUGUCAGCAUUGUUGUAGGAGAAAGUUAGCUCAAUCAGUGGUGUGACUUUGUAGCAGAGUUAACAAAUAACUUCCCCAAAGAAUAAUGAUAAAAUAACAUGAAAUAACAUGCUUUCAAUGAAAUGCACCAACUAACUUUAGAGUCCAGGCACCUUUUCUGUAUUUAAACAUUAAUUAGUAAUUUUUGUUGUUGUUUCAUCACGUUUACAGAAGUAACUCAGUUUGUUAAGACUCUGCUUUCAUACACUGCAAUAAUGCAUCUAAUUUUACAAUUGCAACUAUAUUAUAUUGUAUUAUAAAUGCAGUAUUAAUAAUGUAGCAUAUUGCUGAGCAUUUGUGCAAGUACUUCAGCAAAGGAAUUUUCACAUCCUGUCUGUUUACAAAUAAAAUAUUAUGUUU